AACAGGAAGCGACAACCCAAAAAGAGUGCAGGCUGGAAGAAAAAACAGUGAAGGCCGAAAUCACAUUUUGUUGAUUGCCUUGUGCACAUCAGAUCCGCUGCUGGAGCCGUAAAUCUCUGCCUGGACCCGACCUGUUGCUCCUGACCCGCUUCUGGAGGAGUUAUACGUGGCAGAUUAGUGAGCAUGUCCUCCUCAUAAAGCUAAAGUAAAGCUUACUUGCCGCAGAAAAUACACAGACGUGUCUGUUUGAUCUUGGCCAUGGCCCACGGCACCAGCAUCCAGUAUGAGCCAUUGGCAGAGAUCGGAGGAGGCGCUUAUGGGACGGUUUAUAAGGCCCGAGAUACAGAGAGCGGGCAGUUUGUGGCUCUGAAGAGCGUGCGUGUCCAGACAGACCAAAAUGGCCUCCCAGUCUCCACAGUCAGAGAGGUGGCUCUGUUGAAAAGGCUGGAGCAGUUUGACCACCCCAACGUGGUCAGGCUUAUGGAUGUAUGUGCCACCCAGAGGUCGGACCAGGAGACUAAAGUCACUCUGGUGUUUGAACAUGUGGACCAAGACCUCAAGACGUACCUAGAGAGAGCCCCAGCUGCAGGAUUAUCCUCUGACCGCAUUAAAGACCUGAUGAGGCAGUUGCUGUGCGGUCUUGCAUUCCUUCACUCUCACCGCGUGAUGCACCGAGACCUGAAACCAGAGAAUAUUCUGGUAACCAGCCAGGGCCAGGUGAAGCUGGCUGACUUCGGACUGGCCAGGAUCUACAGCUGCCACAUGGCCCUCACUCCUGUGGUGGUGACACUGUGGUACCGACCCCCCGAGGUUCUGCUGCAGUCCAGUUACGCCACACCCGUGGACAUCUGGAGCACCGGCUGCAUCUUUGCUGAGAUGUUCAGACGCAAACCUUUGUUCUGCGGAGAAUCAGAAGUGGACCAACUUGGGAAAAUUUUUGAAGUUAUUGGCUUGCCACCAGAGGACGAGUGGCCGACUGAUGUUACACUUUCAAGAAAACACUUCCCCCCUCUCUUACCUCGCCCAAUCACUGACCUUGUUCCAGAGAUAAAUGAGCAGGCGGUGCAACUAUUGCUGAAAAUGCUGACCUUCGACCCACUGAAACGAAUAUCUGCCCUGAAUGCCCUAGAACACCCAUAUUUCCAGGACGAGGAGACAUUGACUUGAAAUGAUGCAGUGAAGCGUGCAGCAAGAGGUAACAGUGUCUACGUUUAGACCUGGCCCAACCAUAAAGGAUUUCAAUUUCAUUCAGUGCAUUGCCUUUCAAGACGUCAUGGUUAUGCUUUGGGAUAUUUUUUUUGUUACUCCUACAUCGAAAAAGGAUUAAAGCCUGAGAAAUGGAAUAAAAAAAGAAGAGGAGUGAACUUGAGGAUCGCUGGCAUGCUUUCCAACGUCACAGUUAAUUACCAUGUGGUGUCUUCAAGGACAGUACCAGUGUUUUUUGAUGUUUGAUCGGUCUCGUCCACACAGACACGUCUGUCAUCUCCUCUGAAAUGUUGCUUAUGUUACUUUUGUACAAUGUUUCGGCAGAAGAAAGCACAGAUGUCGUCUUUUCUCGUUACAGACCGAACAUAGUCUGACAGAAGUGACACGUGAGGGUUAUUAUAGCCAGUCGUUAGUGAUUUUACUGUAUUUGUGUUCAUUAUUAUCAUGCUAAAGGAACAAUUACACCAUAGGUUUUAUGAAAAUUAUGAGAAAAUGAAAGAAUAGUCUGAAGUAGCAGAAGGAAAAUGCAUAAGAAAGACACAUGACAAAAAUACUGGUAUUGCCCUUAAAUACUUUCAUAGUUUCUUUUAUUGGAGGACUGAAGGGGUGUACUUCAUUUCAUGUCUAACAUUUUUUGUCCGUUUGCUAAAACCAUCUGAAAUCAACCAGCACUGCAACUACAAAUGAAUAAAAAAACUGUUUUAAUCACA